CUGACCUUACACAGGCUCCCUGCAGGAAACACACAGCAGCUCUGCGCUCAUCUCCACGGUGGCUGCGUUGCGUCGAGAGAGCUCCGCGUCGCGUCCUCUGGCGUGCAUUUAACCGUGACACUCGCGCGCACCGAUCCGUGGAGCUCGCGUGGAUCCUCCGUGCCCGAGGUGUUCCUCAGAGACCGUCUCUCACAUGAUGUACACAAUCACCAGAGGUCCCAGCAAACUCGUUACACAACGGAGGACAGGCCCCACGCAACAGAUUGAGAGCAAAGCGAGCGAGCUGAAGCAGAGCCACUGGCUCGUAUCGGAUUCACCGGCGCCUAAGAUUGUGUUUCACCGGCUGAACGGAAAGCGCUUCAACGGAUCGACCUCUCCAAAAGCUGAAAACACCAGUGAGGGCUUCACCCCAGCACAUGAGGAAAAUGUUCGGUUUGUUUACGAGGCUUGGCAGGAGGUGGAACAGAAGCUCGGAGAGGGAUCCCAGCCGGAGAACGGGAAAGGCCCGGUGCAAUACGCGGAGAGAAGCCCCAAUCCCGGCAUGAAGAAUUUUGUGCCUAUUGAUCUCGAGGAGUGGUGGGCCCAACGUUUCCUGGCCAACAUUGCCAACCUGUCAUGACAGGUGCAUGAUGGGGCUUGAGAUGUGGCUGAGCGGUCCAGUGCAGCUCGACUCUCCUGAUGAGCUCAGGUGAUCAUGCCAGAGAUUUGCACACUUCCUGUGGAACUGUUUGCCCAGCCAGACCCGGACUCUCUCUCAUGCACACGGAAGAUAAUCAGAGAUUUUUCUUCUGCUUUUCUUUCUUUGUUAGAAUGUGAGAUGUCUGUUUUUCUCGGCAGAUCUUUGCAAAAAAAGUGAUGCUGUAAAACAAAACAAAAAAAAGUCCAGUAAAAGUUUUUCAAGA